GAGACUUCUGAAUUCUUUGAUAAUAUUUGAUACUGUGAACGAUGUCAAGAUGAAAGAGCGGCUGAUAAGGUUAUAGUUCGAAUGAUUAGCAGAAACCAUGGUAGUCCGGAGGAGAUAACUCAAGUAACGAAAUAUUUAAAGAAUUUAGUAAAGAAACAUUGAAUGCUCGGUGUUUACUUUAUUUUUCCAACAUGUCCUCUUUUUCUAUCAUAUUCCUUUUGUAUACACUCCUGGCUUGCAAAGCAGUUUCUAUCCAUCUUCAUUAAACAUAUGAUUUUAAUUUUAAAUCAGGCACUACAUACUGGGGAACUUGGACUUUGCUACAGGCAGAAUCUGAAAACAUUUCUCUGACUGAGUGACAACUUAAGGUUCUACUGUGAAAAUAAUUGGAGGCUUUGAUACUAUGGAGAAUUGUGUUAAAUUUUUAGACAUUUUGGCAGAGAGACGGAAGGAUUGUGAUAUCCAAUGGGUUUCUCGGCCAAUGGAUCCAUUGUCACCCCACAAAUUGCCAACAGGGGCAAAAUUCUCUAGAAACAAGAUAAUUGACGCCGUCUUAAAAGUGCCUCGAGUCUUAUCUGUAAUGAAAGAAAUGACUUCUACUGAGGGAUUACGUGAAAUAGAUAUUGAACGGAAAGCACGAAGUAUUUUAGAAGAAAUGGCCAGUAAAGCUGAUCUUGCUACCAUCCGUUGGAUAGCAAUAUUUAUCACAAAAGCAUUGAAGCAGAUCCUGCUGAGCAUUCGAAUAAACGAAGACACUUUUAUGAAUAUUAGAAAGGGAAUGCAAAUUGCAGAAGUACAGUACAUUUAUGUGCCUACUCACAGGAGUUAUCUGGAUUUUAUAUUAAUUUCGUACAUAUUGUUUUCAUACAACAUGGCUUUGCCAAACAUAGCAAGUGGCAUGGAUUUUUAUCAGAUGCGGAUAAUUGGAGAACUUCUCAGGAAGACUGGAGCAUUUUAUAUGAGACGUAGUUUUAGUUCCGAUCGAUUGUAUAAAGAAAUAUUCCGUGUGUAUGUGAAUACCAUUAUUGAACACAGUGACCGAGCUAUUGAAUUCUUCAUCGAAGGUACCAGAAGUCGCAGUCAAAAAAGUCUUUCACCAAAGUAUGGAUUUUUAGCGAAUACACUCGAGAGUUUAUAUCAUGGAAAUGUUCCUGAUAUUCAUUACAUCCCUAUUAGUAUAAGUUAUGACAGACCGUUAGAGGAAUUGCUAUUUGCCUACGAAUUGUUGGGUAUUCCUAAACCUGCAGAAUCGACAAGUGGUCUUCUUCGAUCAUUAUCAAUUUUACGUGAGCCUUUUGCUUAUGGACAUGUUUACAUUCAUAUAGCUCCACCAAUUCAUGCACAGGAUUACAUAGAUUUUGUAAUGCGAACAGAACAUUCUAUUAAUCCGUAUUCAAAGUUACCUAUGGCAGCAGUAAAAAGUCUAGCAAAUUCAAUUAUUAAUAGUCAUAAAAAGUAUACAGUAAUCACACCAUUUAAUAUUGUUGCUUUACUAUUCAAUGAAAAUGUUCAGUCAUUCCCUAAUCAACCCUAUACAUUGGAAAUGUUACUCCGUGAUUACAAUUGGAUGAAAACGAUAUUGAUGGAUUCAUUAGGAGCUACUGUAUCUCCAAGAGCAUCGAACAUGCAUAAAACUGUAGAAGAUGAAACAGAAUAUCACGAUAUCCAGGAAUGUUUAAAAAUACAUACAAAUUUACUGGUACUGGAUUCAAAUAAUGUGCUGAAAUUGAAGGAAAGGCAUAAAGGACCAAUUCUUGAUAAGCAUAAACAUGUAAAAGGUCAUUCAUUGAAUGAGCAAACAAUGAGAAUUACUAUACCUGUAAUUAACAUAAUGACUUAUGUAAAUCCUGCAUUUGCGUUUUUAACAAAGCCUGCAAUAAUCGCUUUAGCAUUGCAAUGGGCCAACAUUACUAAAGAUGAAGCCUUCGAAGUGUACCGAAUACUUAGGAACUUACUCAGCACAGAAUUUGCUAUGCCAGCACAUGUAACAGAACCACAGCUCGACAAUGAAUGGCAAGAAGGUUUAGCAUUAUUGAUAAAGCAAAAUUGCAUUAAAUACAUAAAUGGCUCAUUUGUAUCUGGUGAUAACCCAAAACUCAUGUCUCUUUUAUGUAAUCUCAUUUUACCGUACAUAGCGGCAGUAUACAUGACCUGUUCUACAAUUUUACAGUGGAAUGAAUCGACAAUGGGCCCUCCGGUGCACGAGAAAAUUCUAAAAGAAACUCAGAAGCAAACAGAAAGACUGUUAAUUAGUGAAGACAAGUUCAUCAGGCAUCCGUACACUCUUUCUCUCGACUUGUACUCUACUACUAUAACUAGUCUCAUUGCUCUCGAAGCAGUUAGUGCUAUUGGAGAUCCGUGUGUUUAUCAUGGAAAUAGAGUACAACUGGCGAUAUUACUCUUAAAAUUAGAGAAAAUAUUAAUACAUCAUCCUCCAGGAUCUUAUUUAAAGAUCUGUCUUAUCAACGACCCUGAAUUGGCAUCUACUAGAGCCAAAUUGUAACUAGUUAUUUAUUUAUUUUUAAUUUCUUAUCAGUAUUCCAGUAAUAACCCAUAUUAAUUAUUAUGCAAACUGGGGUUUAUAUUUCGUGCAGGAUAAAUUUUACAACUAAAACAUUGUAACAUGUAUGUAUGUGCGUACUGCUAUAUUACAUAUUAAAAAUGCCUCUCAAGUA